CUGGCGCUGUCGGCUCGGCGCUCUUCGGCGGUCGUGGCGAUCAACAUCGUACUCCUGGUUCUCCCCCUGCUGGUGCUCCUGGUGACCCUUCCCAGCCUCCACCUCAGCAGCCACAGUAUGAUGAUGACUAACUACAUCAGGCACGUCGCGGCCAACGCAGUUGCAGAACAAUUCGGAGAGUUACGGUCCGAGUUGGAGUCUCUGGUUGGAUCUACCGUCGGCGCUACAGUGCAAUCAUCCAACAAAUCUAUUCUCGACACACUGGAGUCCCUGCGCAUCCAGAUUACGGCCCAGCCGAAGGAGGUUGACCAGCAGAUCAUGGCCACUGUUCGCCCCCACAUCGACUCCAUUCACCGCGGCUUGCAAUCCAAGAUUGACUCUCUCGGGUCCCAUGUCAACACGCUCUCGAUCGACGUUGAGCGGCACACCUCGGACAUCGCCAACUUACGAAAGCAGAUGGAGGAGCUCCGCGGCGAACUCAUGGUCGCCAAGCGCACGGAGAAGGCACCGACACCGCCGCCCUCUUUCGAUCGUGUGGAAGACCCGUCUGUUGUCGUCGCCAUGGCCACGAAAAUGGUCGGGAUCGAGUCCGUGCGUGCUACACUUUCCCCAUUCUUGUCUGAGCUGGGCUUGGACGCCUCGUCUUACACCAUCAAAGCCACUGGUCCGAUGCCAAGCAGAAAGUACCUCAUCUCAUUCAACGGCAGUGUCGGGCUUGCAUCUAAGUAUGUCAACAAGGUCUUGUCUAAUCUCAGGCAGAACGAUGAGUGGCGUAUCUUCGAGGCCGACGUGUCAGGCGCUACUCCCGCUCGUCUCCACCUCGGACCAGAUAAAAAUCCAAAGCAAAUCAAAACGGAAAUGGCCCUCAGGAAGCUUCGUACGGCCCUGGCUGGCAAAUAUGAUGGACGAUGGGCAGUGGACAGGGAGCGUGGGAUCCUCCGAUGCGGGUGGACGCACAUCCUCAAGCUCUCGGCCCAGCCCGACGACCAGCCCUUCGACAUCUUCUACAACGACGAGGGCCUCCGCGAAGUCGGCAUCGCCAAGCACGAG